AUGGCCAAGAUGAAGUCUCCCGCGGCUACCGGAAGCAAGCAAAGGGCGAUUAAAGGUGUGGUAGAAGGCGUGUGUCGGAAGCAAAAUCUGUGGGAAGAGACAGGUUGA